GGCUUCUUGUGCACUAAAUGUGAAUCAGGAAGCGAGUUGGUACACCGCCAGGGCUCCUGUGUGUGUGUGUGUGUGUGUGUGUGUGUGUGUGUGUGUGUGUCUCCGCCCUCGAGUCUCACAUGACCCGAGUGUUUGUUCCCGUGAUCAUCAUUUCCAUAACACCGAGCUGUGAAGUUGAGAGCAGAUGGAUGUGCUGCAGCAGAGUUUGGAGUCUUCCAUGAGGCAACCAAAAGAAGAAGAAAGGGACACAUUACAGAUAACUGAAGAUGCUUCAAGAGGAGGAGAAGCAUCUGCACUCCCUCACACUUCAGCUUUCAAUGACCAGAGCAUCCAGUAUCAGUUUCUCCCUGAUAGCACCGGCAGGCAGGUAACCUAUCAGGUGGUCCAGUUGACUAAUCAGCCACUGGUUGGUGGGGCGGUUGGCGUGGUCUCUGCUGCUUCAUUUACUGGAGCCCAGCAGGCUGUGAUCCAGAGUCCCUUCAGUAAUGGAGGCAGUCCUGCAGCAGAGACGAUCAGCUACAUCCAACCAGCUGCUGUAAGCGAUGCAACAGCCGCCGGAGUUUCAGCUCAUCCGGGUGAACUUACACGCUCUCACACAGCAGGUCAGUUCUACGUGAUGAGCACGCCGGAGGCCCUUCAGCCAGGCGCACCAUGUACUAUAGCUCCCCGCACUCUUCCAUAUGCAGUGACGAAGAUGGAAGGGCUGUGUACGCCGAGAGACGAACGCAGGAGGGCGCAACACAACGAAGUGGAGCGACGAAGGAGAGACAAAAUUAACAACUGGAUCGUGACGCUGUCUAAAAUCAUCCCAGAAUGCAGCAUGGACGGCACUAAAACCGGAGCGAGUAAAGGAGGCAUCCUAUCUAAGGCCUGCGAUUACAUCCAGGAGCUGCGUCAGAGCAACCACAGGCUCCAUGUGAGUCUCCAAGAAGUGAAGAUGGUCCAGAUGGACAACGAGAUCCUCCGACAGCAGGUGGAAGAGCUGAAGAAUGAAAACGCUUUGCUCCGAGCUGAGCUCCAACAGUGCCGAGCCCAGGCACAAGUCACGGACGUGUCAUCGCAUUGAGCCUGAGGACACUCUUUAACAAAUAAAGGACGCAUUUUUUCACGGUAGCGAAUUUUGUAUAUAAACGUGGACCGAACGAGAAACAGGACAGCAUUUCAGACUGAUGUUCCGAAUUAAGAAAGAGCUCCUUGAUAAAUAUUGAAGAAGUGAAAGACUGGGUGAGCUGUAGAAACUGGACACCUGCUUUGGUUUAUUUUUGUCUAUUUAUUAAGCUUUUCUGUGAGAAAUGUUGUGAUUUCUCAGUCUUUAGUGACCUUUUUUACUUGUUGCAGCAUUUUCUUUUUUUUUUAUAUAACUUUGUUCACUAUUUUCAUUUUACUUAUGAUCUACCAAUAGCUUUGUCCACUCUUUGUUAUAGCACUUUUUUGGUUAACAUACUUACAUUAAAUUUGUUCAGUAUACUAUA